CAUUUGGAGUUCCUCAUUAGGAACUCCACUUAAGCACUCAUUUUUGACAGAUUUCCCUUAUAACAAUGAAAAUUCUGCGUGAAGAAAAAGGUUCUGGUGUUUUUUGCCGCGUUCAGGCAUUCGUCUUCGGUAUUUUACUCAACUGCAAUCUUUUCCUUGCCGCAGGGCGUGGGCCCACGCAGCUGCGCAAAGCACUUACAGUGGAUUAUUUCGAGAACUGCGAGCAGAAGGUGUACCCAGUCAGGACAAACUUCUCAUUCGCACGGAAUGGCUCGCUGAUUAUCAUCAAUGGCGAAGAAAUUAUUGAGAGGGAUUCAAAGGAUAUCAUUUCGAUUCUGUUCAGGAUCGAAAAAUGCAAGGAUAAGUCGAACCCCGACACGUGCGAAUACUAUACAACGUGGAAGUUUGAUAAUUUUUGUGGCUUGAAAGUCAUGCCCUUUUACUCACUCGUCAUGGAGGCUCACACUCCGCCAAUGACCUGUCCUCUAAAGAAAGGUCGUUACGCGGUGAAAGAUGCCAAGAUAGAGUCUGGUCUUGUUGCGCAAUUUUUGGGCCGCGGCGAAUCGAGCAGAGUUUUGUGGAAAUAUCAUAUUGUCAUGCGCGAGAAUAAUCAACCGAUAACUUGCAUAAAUCUCGGAUUUAGGAUUGUUGAUGUGCGAAUUAGACACUGAAAUAAAUGCGAUGAUAGUUGAUAA